GUAUGCAGAGUUCGGAGAAUCAUGGUAGCGGAAGUUACCUUUAGUUCCGAAGCUGCGAUAUUUGAUUUGGAAGUCUUUAUAAGUCUUGAAACCAAAAAUUUAGUCCUGCAUCAGAGUAAGCAUUAAUGAUAUUCAAUUCACAAACCUAGCCGGAAGUAGCAUUUGUUGACAUGAAGAUGUGUACCAGUUUACUUCCGCUGAAACCCGAUAAUUUUAAAAAUACAGCUAUUAGCAUGCACAGACAUGGCCGUGGCGUACGUCACGCAUAUGCAUAUGUAACCUUAAACCGGUUGCCUCUUUACUUUGAAGGGUAAUAAGUAGAUGUCUAACCCUGUUAGAAGAGCCACUUUUGUCCAAAGAUCAUGUUGUUGUUCGGGACCAAUUUGAAAUGGAUGACCCUUUAGGCUCUUUCCAUCACUGUAGCUUGAAGAGGCCAAUGUUGUUAUGCUUGCGAUUUAAUUGUUGCGUGACGUGUCGGUUAAUAAGAAGCUUAUUCUUAAGAAAGUUGAUUUCAAGUUGUUUUUUCUCUUGAUAGAAACCUGACCAUCCCAGAAACGUCGAUCACGACUCGUGAGCAUUAAAAGACCUCAGACUAAGAGCAAUUGGAUGUUACCUGGUGAACUACACGACAGCCGAAAAGCUUUAACCGGCAGCCAAGCCAUGGGCUUGAAUGAACUGAUUCAUCCCCCUGGUUGUUCAGAUCCAAACUGUCUGUUGCCCUCCUGUAUUAACAUAAAGCUAAGGAGGAAUCAUUUACAAACAUGUAGGAAGAAACGAGGGCGCUGUGAUAUUUGCAAAAUACUAACGAGCAAUCUCACAAACGCACUGGCUGGUCCUUUCCCUGAUCCCCCUGCUUUGCCUCCACCGAGGAGGAAACUAAGAGAAUCAGCGGCGACUCGAGCAGACGUCAAUGUGUCGACUGGGAAUAGUCAGGAAAAAAUGAUUACCGAGCCAAAAUUCUCUAACGCGAGGAAGAAAAUGGCCUCUUCUGAUGGCGUAGAAGAACGUUCAGCACCUCGAUAUGAGGGCCUCAGCACGGCUGUUUUACCUUACGUUGACCGAAAUAGCAGUUUUCAGCCCCAAGGGCGAAAUACGGUACAACUCAGUACCAAUCUAAAUGGUGAUUUCAAAUCAAUCGAAGCACAGCAAGAACAGGCGAUUCAACAACCACUGGAGGUGCUUUGCAACGCUUUGCAGGCUCUGAAUACCGUUAUACAAAUGUUAACGUCAAAUCAGUUGGAGAUACAAGCCAUUCCAAUUUUUAAGCAGGCUGUUGCAAGUAUGGAAUCUGCAGUCUUGAAACGUUCGAAAGAGAACAAUGCAACAAGUUCCUUCGACAACCCACGGCCGAUGAUGAUGGACUGCUCUGAAAAUGGCACAACGAAAGUGGAGAAUCAGUGGAAUAGACCUGUGGUAGCAAUAGAUAUACCAAUGCUGCAGUCGUCGCCCUCGUCCGCCUUGUUCAUCCAGCCAUCUUCGGCAACAUCACCACCAUCAUUAUCUGCGUCCUCCUCGUCAUCUUCAUCGUCAUUAUCGUCCUCGCCAUCAGUGACGCCUCCAUUAUGCGACGACGUUUUGCCAGAAGCCAAUCUGUUGGCUGGAUGUUUCCAAGUGCAGGCUCCAGAUAAACCAAUGCUAACCAAGGAGUCUGCUGAAGAUGUUCGAGGUCACGACCUAAUGAACGAGUUCAGUUUCGAUCUGCAAGAUAUCAUUUUGCUGGAUUUUGCUGAAGAAUUGCUGGAAUAGUAUCUGCAUUUCAUUUGAGAAAGGGGAAGGAGUGCAGUGAGUUCCAUCGAGCUCAGUCUCAAUACCAGGAGGCAGACUCUCAAGCUACCGUGAAUGGAAUGAUGAGUAUUUCAAUGUUCCUUCCUCGAGAGUAGCACUUUUAUUUAAUAUCGAGAGCAUCAAUUUCGGAGGCAUUCUACCAUUUGCCUAGUACUAGGUGUGUUAGACGAAGUACAUGAAAGGACGUACUCAGAUAGCAUUGACUCAGAGAUAUACAUCGGCGCGAAUGGUGCACUGAACCUCAAUGAUGUCUUUGACGUCCAGGAAGAAAUGGGUCCUGCCGAGUAUCUGCCAAGCCAUUCAAACUCAACAGCUAGUACCUGUUCCUGCCCAUCUUUAAUAAUUAAGCUCAGAUCUAUGCAAUGUAGCUCAGAAUAUCAAUAUAGAUUCCGUUAACAGUUUGCAAAACCCCUCCCGUGGAUUGGUCACGGUAGCUUGAAUGACUUGCGAGUUACUUUCCAAACCAAAUGCAGAUUAUUUAGAGUAUACUCUUGUUUGUACCCUAAACAAUGCCUUAAAGAAGAUGGAAGACGUUCGUACUCGCCCCCUGCGGGUAAAAGAGGUAUAAAAUAAUGCAACACUAAUCCUAGAGAAAGUGGUCGAAAUGUCUUUAAAAAAAUGGCAGAACAAGUUUGGGGUCACCCAGCUUUGCAUGUUUUGAGUCUUUCAUUGGCUCUAAGUUCCCAGUCUUUGCAAGCUUUUUCCAGGGAGCCACAAAUUUGCAUAAUCAUUACAAUCUCCUCAAAAGUGAUUAGUGCCUUAGCUGCUUUAUUUUUCACUGAUUAUUCUGUAGAGUUGUAAUCGGACAGUUGGCUGUAAUCGGAAACCUGUAAUCGUACAGUUGAAGCAGUCAAUCAUACUACUAAGUUCACUCAGCUAAAUCCACCAAUCACAGAAUUGAUCACGAUAAUCAUAGCAGCAACCACUUAUCUUAAAAAAGUUGGGAACUUUCAAAAUGGAGGAAUUUUUUUACUUAAGACAGACUCUACCGGAGUUAUUUUCCCUUAAUAUAUUUGCUUUUUUUUCGUAAUUUGUAAUAUUUAUGAUUAAUUAUUAACAGAACUUCGUGUGGUCCAAUUCGAUCUGCAAUCGUACUCUAAUGAUUGACAAAUCAGACUCCCUCUUCAUAAUUGUCCGACUUUAUUAAUCGCUCUUAUUAUAUGGCUGUGUCUCACAAGGACUGGGAACUACCGAAUUCACCAAUUUGAU